AUGGACAUCCCUCCAGAAUGUCUUCCCACUACCGGCGAAACAGAACUUACAGGAGCUCCUCACGUCCAAAGAUGUUUCUGCACAAAAUGUGCUAGCUACACACCUGAGAUCGAUCCAAAAGAUGCGAAAGCCAGUCGUCCUCCAAUUGCCAUCGUGGGAAUGGGAAUGAGAUUACCAGGCGGAGCCACGGCGAAACUCUGUGAUCCUAAGAAUCCACGACAAAUUCGCACCCGACAUGGCUACUAUCUUCAGGAGGACCCCGCCUACUUUGAUGCGGAAUUUUUCUCGAUGGGCUCCGUUGAGGCAUCAAGGGCGGAUCUGCAACAACGUCUCUUACUCGAAGUCGUUUGGGAGUGUCUAGAGAAUGCGGGAGAAACAGACUGGCGUGGUAAAAAUAUAGGCUGCUACGUCGGUACUUUUGGAGAGGACUGGCUUUCCCUUUCCACGAAGGAAUACCAGCAUAUCGAUCGCUAUUAUGCGCUGGGUACGGGUGGAUUUGCUUUAUCGAACCGUAUCUCGUACGUAUAUGACUUUAAGGGGCCUAGCAUGACGAUCCAAACCGGUUGCUCUGCCUCCCUUGUCGGGUUACAUGAAGCUUGCCAAGCUCUCUAUCUUGGGGAAUGUAGUUCCGCAGUUGUAGCGGGGACAAAUCUCAUUUUAACCCCAAAUAUGACCAAGACCAUGUCGGCGAAUAUGGUCAUAUCGGAAAGUGGUAUGUGCCGAAGCUUCGACCAAUGUGCGGAUGGAUACGGCCGUGGAGAAGCAAUUAAUGCAAUCUAUAUCAAACGGUUGGAUGAUGCUAUUCACAAUAACGAUCCUAUCCGUGGAGUCAUUCGGGGCUCUGCGUUGAACAGUGACAGGUGGAAGUCAACGCUUACUGCUCCAGAUUUACUCUCCCAAGAGAAUCUGAUUCGUACGGCAUAUAGCAAUGCCAACAUUAGCGAUAUAUCCAAAACGCCGUAUUUUGAAUGCCACGGGACUGGGACAGCCGUGGGUGACUCUGUGGAGUCAUCUGCUAUCGCCCUUGUGACGAAGGGGAGCUCCUUAGACACCUACAUGACCAGAUGCCUAGCUGAUACCAAUAGACCAAAACCCAACGUUGGCCAUUCAGAGGGUGCAUCAGGUAUCACCGGUGUCAUCAAGGCGGUAUUAAGCCUUGAGAGUGGAGUUAUCCCACCCGUUGCUCUAUUUGAGACUCCCAGGCAGGGUGGCCCGUUGACAGAAGGACAACUGACCGUCCCUACCGAUGCGAAGCCAUGGCCAGCCGACCGACUUUGGAGGGCCAGUGUUAAUGGAUUCGGUAUUGGCGGAUCCAACGCACAUAUCAUAGUAGAUCGUGGCAAUGGCAUUACUGGGUCAACCAACUCCAACCUCAAUGUAGACUCUCAGUUAAUCGUGACUUCCGCAAGCAGUGUAUCAAGCCUCAAGAAGCGAAUCCGGCAGAUUACACAAUACAUUAACCAUUGCCCUUCAUCUCUGAGUGAUAUGUCGUAUACGUUAGGUAGUCGACGACAUCAUUUGGAUGUUCGUGCCUUUGCGGUUGUACACCCUAGCACGCCACUCGAGGACACAGCCUUUCAGUUCACCGAAGCAGCAAGUCACACUGAGCUCAUAUUCACUUUCACUGGUCAAGGCGCACAAUGGCCAGGGAUGGGAGCAGCCCUCCUGGAACACUUUGAGAGUUUUAAAGACGAUGUUGAGGAGAUGGAACUAGCGCUGAAGGGACUGGAUGACCCUCCUCAGUGGUCAUUGAAAGACGAAUUGAAUAAAAGCAUAAACAGAUCUCGAGUCAUGGAACCCGAGUUCUCUCAGCCCUUGUGCAUCGCCAUACAGAUCGGUUUGGUUAAUAUCUUCGCUCAAUGGGGUAUCAAGCCAACAGCUGUACUUGGUCAUUCCAGUGGUGAGAUGGCUGCCGCAUAUGCAGCACAGGCUAUUUCUGCUACUGAUGCUAUUGUGAUUGCAUACUAUCGUGGUAAGUUUGCGAAGUCGAAGGAAGGGCUAGGAGGGAUGGUAGCCAUCAAUACAAGUCGAGAUAUGGUGCAUCCCUUCCUACGUGAAGGCGUAGUUAUUGGCUGUGAGAACAGCCCUCGGAGCGUGACUUUAUCAGGUGAUAAAGACCAGAUCGAUCAAACAGUGGAAGAUAUAGAGCAGAGCAUGCCUGGGAUUUGUCGUCAUCUGAGGGUAAAUGUGGCCUAUCAUUCACACCAUAUGAAGGAUAUCGGACCUGCCUAUGAAACAGCCAUACUGAAACAUACCGGACGGGGUGAACAAAUGCUUCCCAUGCACUCCAGUGUGACAGGCAAGAGUAUUUUGUGUCCUCAAGAAUUAGAUGCUGGCUACUGGCGCCGGAACCUCGAAUCAUCCGUCCUGUUCUCAGAUGCAGUACACUGUUGCCUUGAGUCGAACUCCAGUAAGCGCUUAGCAUUUGUUGAGAUAGGCCCACACUCCGCGUUAGCUGCACCCCUACAGCAAAUAUUUAAGGUUUCAGGUGGGCAAGGACGUUGCGCAUAUAUCUCUACGAUCACGCGCUUUGAUAAUGACUUCAGAACGCAGCUUUUAGCGUCAGUGGGUCAUAUACAUAUCAAUGGCGGUUCUGUCAACCUGCCAAGCAUCGUUUCUCCAGGCAAGACAUUAACCGACCUUCCGCCAUAUCCAUGGCAGCAUGGUCAGAGAUUCUGGGAAGAGAGUCGCACAGCUCGGGACUGGAGGCUACAGUUGGCCCCUCAUCAUCAACUUCUUGGCUCUCGCGUAACCGAUACAACAGACACUGCUCCUUCUUGGAAAAACAUGCUUAGCGUGGAAGAUGUCCCUUGGCUUUCGGACCACGUGGUGCAAGAAGAGAUCAUAUACCCGGGCGCCGCUUAUAUUGCGAUGGCUGGGAGCGCUGUUCUGCAGCUACAUCCAGAGUUUGUCAGCUACACAAUUCGGGACCUUCUCAUUAUCGAACCCUUAUUGGUGAACGAAAGAGGUCCGACAGAAAUUAUCACCAGUUUCCAACCAGUAGAAAUUGCUGACAACGUCUAUUCGGACUUCUACAACUUUUCUAUCGUGAGCUAUCAAGGAUCAUCCUGGGUAAAGCAUUGCGGGGGGCGUGUGCGUCCAGGCUACGAAAUACCUCCUAGGAAACGGCCUGUCGGACCUUACGACUUGUCGUGCACUCCCAAUGAAUGGUACGAAGCGACUGAAGCUUGCGGUAUCACCUAUGGAAAAAGUUUCCGAGGGCUGGAGAAUAUCACAGUUGACCCCAAGGGAGGUGGACGGGCCAGUGCUGUUGUUCACAAUUCAUCAGACCUGGACUAUCAUACGUACAGUAUGCAUCCGGCUUCUAUCGACCAGGCCUUCCAGGCAAUAAUGGUAGGCAUCCUCUUCAAUGCACUCGACGGCACUGAAUACUCAUUCGUUCCUGUCAGUGUCGACAGAAUAUACAUCACACAAGGUGGGCCUUUGAUGACAGUUGGUACAAGCGUAAAGAGCCAUACUCAGAGUAGUUACUACGGAAAUCCCAUUGGUCUUGUCGAUGAUCACGUUGUCCUAGAAAUUGAAGGUGCCGUAUUUGGUGCACUCGACAAUGGGAAUAGGCUCACUUCUGCAAAUACUAACUUGCUGACGCGAACUGAAUGGAGGCCAGAUUUUGACCUACUACCAAAAGACAGUACUCUCACUCUUCAACCCUUUCCUGCAAACGUGGAAUUGAUUGCUCAGGCGCUGGGGCACUUGUCCUUGUUAGCCCAUGUGGAAACCGCUAAACGUCUGGAAGCUGCAGUCACUGAGGUUGUACAUCUGAAUAAAUGGAAAGCCCAGAUUAAUGAAGAGGUCUCGUCACUCCAUCAAAGACAAAGGGGCCUGUUUACUAUGCUUGAGGGAAAUGGAGUUCACACCAAACACGUACUUAACAUGACAAGCGAGCAACGACAAGUGACUAAAGAUCACUGGAUAGGCGUACUAAAGGACAGUGGUUCCACUUCUAUGUUGACGGUGUUUGAUUGCAUGGACACGGUUUUGGAAAAGUCUUUGGAGCUAAUGUGUGGAGAAGUAUCACCAUUAGAAUUUCUGAUGAAUGAUAAUCUUUUCGAGAAGAUGUAUGAGCAAUCAAUUGGAUGGGUGGACUGCAGUGCUUUCUUCGUCCAUUUGUCCCAUUCUAACCCAAACCUUCGCAUCUUAGAGAUUGGAGCAGGAACAGGCAGCUGCACAAAAGUCGUCCUGCGUCAUCUGAAAACCCAAGCAGGGAUACGUCGCUAUAAAUCAUAUACAUUUACCGAUAUAUCACCAACAUUCACCCAGGCUGCUAUGGAGAAAUUUAGAGAACAAGAAAACUUCGAGUACCGCAUUCUUGACAUCAGUGAGGAACCAAUAAAGCAAGGAUUUGAGCCUGAUUCAUACGAUCUUAUUAUUGCUUCGAACGUUCUCCAUGCAACUCCAUCAAUCCGAAAGACCCUACAGAAUGUUAGGACAUUGCUAUCCGCGCGAGGCCAGUUGUUUCUUGUGGAACUUGAUCCAGCCGUACCCAAUAUAGAUAUGGUUAUAGGAAUUUUACCUGGUUGGUGGGUUGGUGAAAGUGAUGGUAGACCGUUGAGGCCGUAUAUUUCCGUUGAGCGGUGGGACAGCGAGCUGAAAGCCACUGGCUUCAGUGGUGUAGAUGUCGCCCACCACGAUCGCCCCGGCUUACUUCGAACCAACGCUAUCAUGAUUUCCACAGCUCUCAAAGAGGAAUCAUACUUCCCAGCAGAUGAUGUGACUCUCCUCCUCGCACAUGAGCCAGGUCACUGGGAAAAAGACGUGCAGAGACAACUUACCCAAAGGGGUCAUCUUACAGAAUGGGCGAAAAUUAGCGACCCAGUUCCACAGAAGCCAAUGAUUCUCUCGUUCCUGGAUAUGAACAGUUCUUUCCUUCAUGAUAUGUCCGAGGGAAUGUUCAUCAAGCUCAAAGAAUUUCUAAAAGGCUGCUCAGCUAUUACUUCAUCCCAGUGCAUCUGGAUUACGCCAGCCACUCGGCUGCAAUGUACUGAUCCUUCUUAUGGUCUGAUCUGGGGAUUCGCCCGCACUUUGCAGCGGGAGAUGGAGCUGGAUCUUUCUAUAGUCGAAGUCGACAGGUUCGAUGAGGGGGAGGAUGAGGUCGAAGUUGAACUACUCUUCAUUGGAUUGAACUUCAAGGACCUGAUGGUGGCCCAGGGCCUUCUUGGAUCUGAAGAGGAGCUAGGCUUGGAGGGAAGCGGUGUUGUACGCCGAGUCGGGUCGAAUGUUGUUGAUUUAAAAGUUGAUGACAAAGUCCUGGCAAUAGGAUUUGGGCUUUUUCGAACCUUAGCUACUAUCCCUGCUGAGCAAUGCCUGAGAAUACCUGAUGGUAUCUCAUUAGAAAAGGCAUCAACCAUGCCAGCUGCAUAUGUGUCCGUUAUUUAUUCUCUUCUACACCGCGCUGUGCUUGAUCGAGGUGAUUCUAUCCUCAUUCACUCUGCUUGUGGCGGGGUGGGAAUAGCCGCAAUACACCUGAGCCAGAGCAUCGGGGCUAAGAUCUAUGCGACAGUCAGCACGGAAGAAAAAGCUCAGUACUUGUUGGAGACUUUUGGGAUUCCAAGAAAUAACAUCUUUGACUCCAGGUCAUCCUCAUUCUACGCAGACCUGAUGCGUGAGACGAACGGUAGAGGGGUUGAUGUAGUCCUCAAUUCUCUUGCCGGUAAACUGCUUCAUGUUUCCUGGGAUUGUGUUGCUGAGUUUGGCCAAAUGGUUGAGCUAGGAAAACGGGAUAUUCUGACACAUGGGACGCUCUCCAUGUCUCCAUUUUCCGAAAAUCGCUCCUUCAUCGCGAUUGACCUUAUGGGAGUGUUGAGAAGAAAGCGAGCAUUGGCCACAAGGCUUGGACAUCAGUUCAUUGAGCUCUAUAAAGAAGGCAAAAUCGGACCAAUUCUCCCAGUGAGAACUUUUCACGCCCAGGAGGUCCAAGAGGCCUUUCGAUACCUGCAAGGUGGCCUUCACAAGGGGAAGAUCAUUAUCCGUAUGCCCGAGUCGCCAUCUGAACUUCAUGCAAUGUCAACUCAGUGCAGUAUUACCUUCCCUUCUGAUACUUCCUACCUUCUAGUUGGAGGACUUGGCGAUGUUGGUCGUGUUCUUGCGCGGUGGAUGGUAAGACGAGGCGCUCGAGAGCUUGUGAUCAUGUCGCGGUCCACUAGGCGCGUAGAAAGGGAGCAAUCAUUCAUCAAGGAGCUCGAGGCACAGAACUGUCAAAUCAUCACCGUCGCCGGAGAUGUGACUAAUUUAGAGGAUGUGAAGGCAGCUGUGUCUAGCUGCACCAAGCCUCUUGCUGGCGUGCUCUCUCCCUACAGGUUCCUGUUCCAGGAUCGUACAUUACUACACAUGACCCAUGCUGAAUGGAAGUCGGCACUCGCACCAAAAGUAUCCGGGACAUGGAAUCUCCAUCGGGCCGUAGAAGGCCAGCGACUGGACUUCUUUCUUGUUUUGAGUUCCUUGGUCGGUAUCACGGGUCACGCUGGUCAGGCUAACUAUAGUGCUGCCUGCACGUAUCUAGAUGCUUUUACCCAAUACCGUCGGCAAAUGGGCCUUCCCUCUUCGGUGGUCGACCUUGGCCCCGUUGCAGGUUCAGCAGCAAUCGAAGACCAAGCUGUUUCUCGUCAACUAGACACGGCGGGAUGGACUCGAUUAAGCAAACAGCAACUCAUCGCCAGCGUGCAGCUCGCCAUUUCUGAGUCCCGGGCACCGAAUACAGCCGCGCACCUUUAUUCAAGUGAGCUGAUAAUAGGGUUCUUCCGGAGUCUUAGUGAGACGGAGUAUACAAAGAUGCUGGAAGAUGAUUUAUACGGCCGGGAUGCGAGGCUUUCAAUGUAUCAGAACUUGGUCGCUCGUGCAGACAACCGGAAGCCUGACAACCAGAUUAAGCUGCUCUUUGAGAGGGUCGAGAAAGAUCCUCGCCUUUUUAGCGACCCGGGAACGCAUACCAUACUGGUCUUAGAACUGGCAAAAUUAAUCAAUCAUCGUACUAGUCAGUUAUCAGAAAUGGACCUGGGACAAGCACAGGCCGUGGCUGUUGAUUCAUUAAUGGCCAUUGAGGUGAAGUCCUGGCUAAGUCGGCAACUUGGACUACAUGUCACCGUGGACGAGAUAACGAAAGCGAACACGGUGGGAUCUUUGGUGCAAAUUAUUGUUCAACGUGCGAAGGCAAAGUACAGGACUAGUGAGGAUGGUACUGCUUCUACCAAAGAGAGCUGA